UUGCGCAUGCGCAUUGUCUACGUGCUGCUUUUAUGCGCGUGACUUAAGGCCAUCUACCGACCUGGUGCUCAUGCGUAUUCACCACAGCUGGUUCCUGAGGCUUCUGCGCAUGCGCCUCACCUCCACCUAGACGGGGUCAAGCAAGCUUCAACAAGAGCUUUAUUAACACCACCACCUAAGACUGAGCAGAGCACCUCUCAGAGCCCGGGGAAGAGGAUGGAGCAGCCAGCCACCACUAUAGAAGGGCUUGUGUUUCUCCUAUGAAAUGCUGUUGCUUGCUGUAGCCUAAAGGCUCCUGGAGAGGGGGCUGGAACUAAAGCUGCCCCCAUAUGCCACAUCCCCCUGUGUCCCCACUGAGCAGACAGAAAGAUGUCAGGUGCCCCCCCAGGAAUGGAACUGUGCCCCUAUUGUAGGAAGCCAUUUAAACGACUGAAGUCCCACUUGCCACACUGUAAGAUGGCAGGAGACACGAAAACUGCUUUUGACUUAGGCAAGAUGGCCUCUCUUGACUUGAAAGCGUCUCAGUCCAAGCCAGUUAGACUCCUGGCCACUGAGAAGAAAAGAGGACAAAGCAAAGAGAAGAUCACAACCCCAGACAAUAGCUCAGAAAGAGAAAGUAAGAAAAAAUCCUUUGACACAAUAGGGAACAAAGUAGAAAGCAAAUUAAACCCCUUACAAAUAGGGGGUACUGCUGGAUCAGAAAUAGCCAGCAACUUGCCUGCAGAAAAGCCAGGUAAAAAUACAAAGCGGCAAAGUAAACCGACUUCUGAAAAGACACACAGAGAUGAAGGAAUGACAAUAGUUCAGGAAGAGGCCAGAAUGCACAUGAAUGCAGCAGAGGAGAGGACUUCAAAAGCAAAGCAUGCAAAGCAGUUACCCACCAAACAGAAAAGCAGAAGUAAAAAUACUUCUCAUGAUGAGAAUUCAGCACCUGGUGGCAUUUUGGAGCUUUCUCCUUUGAAUAAGGAUGGAAAAUCUGCUUCAAAGUUUCCUUUGAAUGACCCAAUAAGAUCUGCAAAACAGAAACAAAGGAAGGUAGGGUCUUCAGCACAGGAGGUGGCUGGUUCUCUGGAUUUACCCACUUGUGAUCUUGAAAGUAUUCCCAGGGCGGCUCUUGAGGGAGUGAAAAUAGUUAUUGAGAAACACCGUGUCAAAGUGCUAAGAGGUAGGAAUGAAUCCAAAAUUCAGGGCACUCUGGCAGACAGUGCUACCACAGGUAAUUGUACGACCCAGGGAUGGUAUCUGGAAAUGCUGACUCCAGACUGCUCUGAAAACCAUGCAGACACAGUCCAGUCUGACCACCGGAAGAAUAUGAACAUUACGGGAGCCAUGAACACAAAUGCUUUUAGCCUGGAGGUUGCAGAAAGUAAUACCUUGAGUGGAGAGCGAGAAAAAGGCAAUCGUUUAACUGCAACUGGAAUGCAUGUACUCAGCGAUCCUGGGAAGGCUGACUGCGGAAAGAGCCCUCGUGGCCUCAUUCCGCUGGACAGAGUGGCUAAAAGUGAGACAGAAGAGAAGCAGUUUUACUCAAAUGGUGAUGUGGAUUCUAAGGCCUCUUUCUCUGCUUCCCUCGCUGAGAAGCCCCACCAGUCAGUGAGAGAGACGUUCAGAGGAGCCAGUGAAGGAAUAGCCAGAAACUACCUAGCCUGUGCGCAACAGCUUCUGGUGGAUGAAAAGCAGAUUGCCUUACUUUCUGAGUCUGUUCUGAAUACAGGGAGAAGAGACAGCGAGCUGGCUUGGAAACAACACUUGUGCUACACCUCUGAAAACCAGCCUCCUUGUCUGUUCCAAUCUUCUGGCAGGAACAUACAGGCGAGAUCCAUUGGACUGGAGUGGUUUCCAGAAUUGUAUCCUAAUUAUCAGAGGCUGAGCAUGUUUCCAGGGAGACCUCUCCAGGAGGAUGCAGAGAUCAAGAUGAAGAAGAUAGGGCCUGGUUUCUUGGAAGGAUCGCAAGCUCCCCUCGUAGAAAGAUGUCUGAUGGAUGUAAAGCUCAGGGAGCUGCCUGCCUGGCUGGCGGCUUGUGAUUUCUCUCCAAAGGGACUGCUCGGAGCAGUGCAAAAAGCCUGGAGCAGUUACUACAACAAAUACAUCGACGUAAAGAAGGGUGGAGCUGCUGGGAUCUCCAUGCUGUUGGCUGGAUAUUGCAUCCUCAGCUAUAGCUGGAGAUAUGAACAUCUGAAACAAGAUCGCUGGCGCAGGUAUCACUGAGGAAGGCACAAGGGCAUUCAAGGACCAGAGACAGAAAAUACUGGACUGCUGCAUGAGAAUCAGGCUUGGAUCGUACGAUCUGCAUUCGAACACAACACAAGGGAUUGCAGGACAGCUCUCUCAUCUGUUAGAAUCAACUACAUUAAUUUAUUGCUAAAGGGUAUGCCUUUUAUUUACCCUCCCAUAUCAUGUACUAUUAGCCAGAGGGGGUAGGGGCACAUUCUGCAUAGACUGACAGUUUCCUUAGAGCACUAGCAGGAAAUUUGACUUGAUGGUUAGUAUCUAAGCAGCAAGAACUGGAUUACAGGGCAGAAACUGGAGGAUCAAACCCCAAUAUCUACUGCUUUUAGCCCAUAUCAAACCUGAAUCUGGUUCUGUAUGUUCCAGGCCCAUGAGAACGUCUCGUGGGGGGACUACAGGCUCUUGUUCCCCAGAUGUUUUAAAUUGAAUUGCAGG